AGACAGCGGCGCUGAGCUCCCAGUUGCCGGGAAGAGCACUGGUUUUGCGUCGCUCAUGAUACAAGCUGACUCUGCCGAGGAUAGCGGAGAUGAUGUUCCGUUACGCGCACCGAAAUCCAACAAGGCUCAAGAAGAAGAAAAAGAAGCGCCUCAUCUCAGCUACUCCUGCUGAGAGUACUCCAUCAGCUGCAGUCAUACUUCCAGUUGCGCCGGCUAGCCCAGCCCCACAGACGCCGCGUGGUCAUCAGCAACCCACUCCCGCACCCUCCAGCUCGAAGGAGAAAAAGGCUCUUAAGAAGCGAAAGGGAAAAGAGAAGAAAGACGACCGAGAUGAAGUAGACAAAGCCCUUGAGGAGCUUUCCCUCAAGUAUCCCGAUCUCCAGCAAGUCGUCGCCUUCAAUGGCACCACCUCCGCUACACGCGAUGCCACCAGCACCCUCGCCUUGCUUCUCUCAGUCUCCUUGCAGCAUCUCGAUAGCGAAGCCGAGAUGCGCAAGUUCUUCGGCGCCAAGGUCAUUUCCGCCGCUAAGUCGUCAAAUCGCGUGCCCUCCACGUCCAAUCGAACGCCUGCAAUCAAAUCGAACCUCACACGCCCUCAACCGACAUGGUGGCCGGCACGCUUCCGUGAGGGGCUGUCAUCGCGAUUAUUGACGGAGGAGGAAAAUGCCGCUAUGCUGGCGCGGCACCAUUGGAAGGAAUUACCUGGAGAGCGGUUUUGGACAGUGGAGUACAGUAAGAAGUAUCGGGGGUUCACAUGGCGGUUCAUGCAGACGGUGAUGUCUGGAGAUCCUAAUGGCUUUAACGCUGUCCUUCGGGAAUUCCCGUAUCAUGCGGACACGCUGUUGCAGAUGUCCGAGGUGUUAUACCAUCGCGAAGAAUAUAGCGAGGCUGCGGAUCUCAUCGAUCGAGCGCUGUUCACAUACGAACGCGCUUUCAUCGGGUCGUUCAGCUUCACGACAGGAAUGAAUAGGCUGGACUUUGAUCGCGUAGAGAACCGUCCAUUCUUCCUCGCGAUUCACCGGCAGAUCAACGACCUUCAGCGUAGGGGUUGCGUUCGCACUGCCUUCGAGUUCGCCCGCCUGCUCUACUCGCUUGAUCCUUGGACCGACCCGCACGGUGCCGUCCUGUAUCUCGAUUACCUCGCGAUGAAGGCGGGGAUGGGUCAAUGGCUACUAGACCUGUGGGAGUUCUUUACAUCGCAGGCCGGUGCAGGGAUACUUCAAAACAGACUGCAGGCAACGGCAGUGCCUGGAUGGUCGUAUGCGCGUGCCUUGGCGCUGUGGAUGCGAGAAAAUGAUAAGGGCGAGGGCCAUGAGCCAAGCACGCAGGCGCUGCAGGAUGCGAUACUCGCAUUUCCUUCGGUGGUGCCUCUCUUGGCGGACAAGGCCGACAUCUUUAUAUCUGCUGAUGCACGCCAACGACCUGCGUUCCGGAUCCACGCAGAUGCCAGUCAUCUCAAUGCAACAGGUGCCAUCGUCCACCUCCUCUCACACCUCUACGCCCAGCGCUCCGCUUCCCUCUGGAAAGCUGUCCCCAUCGCCUCCUGGUUCGCCGCCACCGUCAGCAGCACGCUCUCAUCCCUUCCUGCAUCACACGAUAACACCACCGCACUCUACCGCGCAUUCGCCGCCCUCGCCGCCCAGCCCGCGAUUGUGCACUCCAUCUACCGGCACGUCAUCGUGCUCGAGGCGUCGUUCCGGGGUUUGUUCAGCUUUGUCCCGCGAGAGGUGCUACAAGCGCGGAGCGUCGCUUGUGACCCGCUCCCGCCACCAACGAGCGUCAGCGCAUACGACACUGAGUACUUCAAAGGCGCAGCAGAUGCGCUGCGCCCAAGUAGAAGACAGGAGGAGCGGGCGCUGGAGCGCUUGGUGCCCGAUGCGCUAAUACGUGGACAAUUGUUGGACUUCUUCAGGGAACGGCCGGGAAUCGCGGCACAGUUCCCGGGCGGCAUCCUGCAAUUCCUGCAGGAGGUGGCUCAGAACCCAAACAUCAUGGAAGAACUUGUGCUUGAUGAGAUACAUCAGGAUAUGAGGGAUGCUGGGGCAAUGCCUGGGAUGUUCUUCGAGGAGGCAGAUGACGAACCGGACCUGGCGAUUCAUGCGGAAGAGCAGCAACAGGCAGAGGACAGAGAGGAAGAAGAAGAAGACGAUGAAGACGAGGAGCCGGCAGCAGUGAGUUGCGUUCAUGCAUGCUGCAUUCACUUUGCUCACGACUCGACAAAUGGGACAGGCCUUACCUGUGCGCAUGCUGCAGAACUUCGUGAACAGGAUCAAUAGAUUCUGGGGAGGUGGUGAUGCCGGUGAUGCUGAGGAGUCAUCCGAGAAUGAAGAGGAGGAAUUAGCACCG